AUGGCCACGAAGGAUAAGAAAUCGUUUAAAAAGUUUGCCAAAAAACACCUGGCGACAGUGAUUGAAAAUCGCCGUAAAGGUGCCAAGGCGAAGAAGGAAAAAUUGGAGCGUAUUGAGAAGAAAAAGGUUCGUGAGGUAAAGGAGGCACAACGUGAAGAACGGGAACAUCAGGAACAAUUGGAGAGACUAAAGGAUACAGAUCCAGAAUUUUACUCCUAUCUGGAGGAUGAGGACCCUACACUUUUACAGUUUGGAAAAGAAGAUAUUGAUAUUGUUGGGGAUGAUGAGGGAAGUGAUGCUGAAACAGAAGUUGACGAUGAGGAACAACUGAAUGAUGAUGAUGAUGAUGGCAAUGAUGAUGCUAGUGGAAACGACACCAAGGAAACUGCAGUAUUACGAGUUACACGUGAAGAACUCGAUCGCCUAAUUAAAGGAAAAAAAAUUGAGGCUUGUAUUGAUAUCUAUGUGAGCGCCGUUCGUGAAUUGGGAUAUGCAGUGAAGGAAAACCCAAAGGCAAGUGCCACACGAAAGUUUGAGGAACCAUCACUAGUAAAGGAAUCUAUGCUUCGUGUUGCGCGUUUUGUUGGCUCCAACCUGAGUAGCGUCAUCACUGGUAAAGGAUCAUUUAAAUCUCACAAAACACGUUUUCUCAUGCGACGCCUUUUACUUUCCCUCAUGGUUAGUGUGAGUGAAAGUAGUUCAGAUGCCGUUUUGACUGCAGGUCUACUUCAUGCUUUGACCCCUUUUGUACCAGUGCUUCACUACAUGAAGGGAAUAACAAAAGUUGUUCUCAAGACUGCUCUUUCUCUUUGUUCCGCAGAUGAAGAGUCAGUACGAAUUGCAGCAUAUGUUGUUGUUCGCGCUAUUGCCACACGUGCCACGGGAACCCGAUCUAUGUAUCAGUCUACCGCAUUUAAGGGUAUGUUUCUCACGCUUGUGCGUACAGCCCAUAACUACAACAUUCGAAACGCUCCUUUGAUAGCUUUUCUUAUGAACUGUGUUGUGGAUCUCUAUGGUACAGAUAUGGAAGCCGCGUAUCAACAUACAUUUGUAUACUUGCGUCAGUUAGCUAUUUAUCUUCGCGCUGCCUUACAACAACAGACGCAGAGCAAUGUACGGGCUGUAGUUAACUGGCAAUAUCUUAACGCACUACGCACGUGGGGCGCUGUGGUUUCCAAGUAUUCUGAAGCAGCACAGUUAGGACCCUUGAUUCACCCUGUGGUUCAAAUUUCAACUGGCCUUAUGGAUUUAUUUUCUUCUCCUCGUAUGUUCCCUAUGCACUUACAGAUUAUUGAAGUUCUCAAUCACAUUUCUAUUCGUGCUGAUGGUGUUUUUAUUCCUGUAGCACCUUAUCUACUUCGUAUUCUGACCUCAUCUAGUCUUACCCUUGAUCAUCAUUCAAAUGGAUCCGCUGAGAAAGUUGAGUCUGUAGAUCUGCGUUUCACUAUUCGUGUGAAAAAGUCUCAGGCAAGGAUUGCAAGUUAUCACCGAGAUAUGUGGAGUGAGUGUCUUUAUCUUCUCACAGAACACCUGGCAACACACAGUCACACUCUUGGCUUUCCAGAGGCCUUUUGGGCAGUUGAGGCAACACUUAAGCGGUUACGUGGUGAAGUCAAGGUACCAAAGAUCCACUCACAGUUAAGCACGCUUCUUCGCAACAUUCAGACGACAAGUCAGAAAAUCAUAGCACGUCGAGAUCAGGCGGGUAAUGGACCAUGCGAUUUGGCGGGUAUGAAACAAUUGGAAGAUGAGCUUAAAAAUGCCGGUAAUCCACUCUCAUCAUAUCACCAAACUCUCCGACAGCAGCGUAUGCAAGCCUUUGCCGCCAAGCAAAGGAAUGUCGAUGGCGUGGGACGUGCCACACUGGAGGCUACCGUGAAUAAAGAAAAAGAUAAAAAGAAUCGUAAGCGUCACAGACGUGAUGAUGACGUGUAA